UCGACUGGCUGCUGAUGCUGUGGUCUGUCCAGGUUCAUUCUCAAGCUGAAGAACUACACGGAUCCGGCGGCCGCCGCUCACGAGAGGGACUUCUGCGUCCUGUGCAUGCGGUGCCAGUCUCUGCUGCAGAUGGCCAUGUUCUGCUCCAGACGAGAGCCAGCGCUCAGACACUCGCGGAUGCUCACGGAUCAUUUCAGAAGCUGGUCGUGGUCUGCGUCUUCCUCUGUGUCUAAGAGCGGCUCGCUGCUCGUUCCUCAGCCGGUCCAGCAGGUGGCGGCGGCGUACAUCAGCAUCACCACACUCCUCCUGAGCGCUCACCACAUCUGGGAGCAGGCGGACCAGAUCGCGCGAGGCAGCGGUUUGCUGCGAGAGCUGGAUUCCGCCGUCGGUCCUCUGAGUCUGAUGUCCUCCAUGAGUGCUUUAGUGCGAUACGCUCGACACGGCCUGCACUGGAUCAGACUCGACACGCAGAAGCGGCGCUGACGCUUCCCUUGACCGCCGGAGAGCCCAGGAUGUGGCAGCCUUCAUUUAUUUGCACAAUGAUCAACUCAAACGAUCAAUCUCUCUUUAACGGCUAAUGAAGCGCUUCAGCCGCGGGUCAUUCUCACAUGAAAACAUGAUGGUCUUCCCUCUGCACUGAACAAACCCACGUGACACUGCGUCCACCAUCAAGCCAAAGUCCAGCAUCAUCUCAUGAGUGUGUGUGUGUGUGAGUCUGUCUGUGUAUGUGUGUCUGUCUGUCUGUGUGUGUGUGUGU